GACUGCUGGCGCGCCGAGGCCAUCACAUGGAGCCAGAGGACCCCAAGUGGCUGUACAUCGUCGGCCGAGUCAACUCGGGGAAGUCGACGUUCAUCAAUCGCUUCCUGUGGUACAUCGGCUAUAAGCACCAGGGGGUCGUGUACCACCGCCGCACCGUCGGCGGCGUGACCCGCUCGCCCGUGCCGGGCACCACGCUCCACUUCGUGUCCUUCAGCCUCCCGAAGGGGUUCCGGGUCGUCGACACCCCCGGCAUCCCGUCCCGCAGCCAGGUCACAAACCUGUUGGGGGAGGGCAUCGACCUUUUCACCCUCGUGCCGAGGAAGCGGCUGCACCCGAUAUCCUACGUGCUGCACGAGGGCCGCUCGCUCCUCGUGGGCGCGCUGGCGCGCAUAGACCAGGUGA